AGUUUAGAUAUUGCUUAACUUAACACCUUGAUUUCUUUUUGUUUUACUGCGAUUCUAUGUGCUAUCGUUUUAGCCAAUUAGUAUGUGACAGUUCUUUACCGGAAUUAUCUACCAUGAGUUGUGUAACGACUUUAUAACAUGUCUGAAGAAAUGGACAUGAAUGUAAACAACCUCUCCGCUGCCGGAGAGGCUUUUGAGGUAUCCCAAUCAAAUUCCUUGUAUUUAGAUAAUGAGAGUGUCUCCUCUCUUGGCAGAGAGUGCUCGCAGCCUGCUGCCGUAGAUGCGGCCGAAUUAAGCGAUAUGUCCAUAGAAAACGAUCUCGUAUCGUCCACCAACAACGAGGAUCAAUCGCAACUAAGUUACUGCAACCUGGAUGUAGGCAGCGAAGUGAACAUCAACGAAGAUGAGCCAGACGAAACGACUACCACAUUUGAUCUAGGAAACGAGGCCAACUCGGAACCUAAUAGUUCACUUGAAACCGAUUAUGUCCAAGAACAAAGUAAUGCAGUAAGUAACGAUGUGGACAACGACGUAGACAUAGAGGUGGACGAAACAGUGGAGAUAGAAGCGGUGAGCAGCUCAGAAGUAUGCCAGCCUACUAGCUUAUCUCCUUUGAAACAAGGAAGAGGUAGGGGCAAAGGCAGAGGGAGAGGACGGGGCAGAGGGAGAGGGCGAGGCAAGGGCAGAGGUAGGAAAACAGUACCAUUUAAUGAUUCAACCUCUAUUAAUUUCGGCACAGACGUUUCUAGUGAUAUUAGUGCAAAUAUAAGUUCAGAACCUCUCCCUGAGAAUACAUUACACUCCCCAAACAACAAUAUUGACUCAAUCAAAACUGACAUAAAUGGUUUUCAUGCAUCACCAAGUCAGAGUAUGGACAUUCCCACUGAACAAGUCCCUGUAACUAGAAAAAGGGGCAGGAAAAAGAAAGAGCCACCUGUUUUAAGUGAUACUGGAAGUUUGGAAAGUCCAGAAGUUCCAAGUCCAAAAGUUCCUCGUAGAAGAGCUCCACCAGUUAAAUAUACUGAAAGCUCGCAAAGUCCAGUAGUUGAAAGUCCAAGAGUUUCCCGUAGAAGAGGUCAGCUAAGGAAAAACACAAGUCUGAAUGAUAUAACUGAAAACAAUACAGCAGUCAAUGGGAAUUCUUUACCUAUCCCUGCCAGCUCUUCCGAAAUGAAAGACCUUAGUAAAAUGGUUGAAAACUUGUCCCAACUUGAAGACAAGUUGCGUAAAUUAGAGGACAACCUUUCUAAUAUAGAGCAAUUAGAGGAGGAUGAAGAUGAUGAUGAGGAAGACAUGUGCUUAAGUCAGCUGAAAACAUCAAUUGACUGUGAAAGAGCAUCUGAAGCCAAGGACCCCAUAUUGCAAGGUUUGCAAGAAAUGCCUUCUUCACCAUUGGCUGAACCUGAGGCAGAUUUGGAUAAUGGAAUGGAUGAAAGUGCAAGUGCUCCUAAUGAGCCAAUAACCCAGGCUGAGUUCAUCAAAGACAAUGAUACCACCACAAAAGAAACAGAUACCCCAUUGACAGAAAAAGAUAAUGUCAGUACAGAAAAUGUUACAACAAAUAAUGUCAGUACAGAAAAUGUUACAACAGAAAAUAUAACUACAGAAAAUAUAACUACAGAAAAUGUAACUACAGAAAAUGUAACUACAGAAAAUGUAACUACAGAAAAUGUAACUACAGAAAAUGUAACUAUAGAAAAUACCACUGCAGAAAAUAUAAUAGGCAAUGAAGUUGAAAAUAAGUGUAUGGAUGAGUCACUUCUUGUCGAAGAUACUUCUAAGAGACCUAAGAGAAGAAAUGCGAGGAAAACGUUAAAAUACAGAAAUGAUGAUGAUUCUGAUGAAGAUCCAUUUGCUAAUGUUGAGCUGUCAGAUGAUGAUGAACCAAGGAGAAAAAAGAAAAGUGGCAGGUAUAACUCUGAUGAUGAAUACAUACCGGGAAGAAAAGGAAGGACAAGCUCCAUAGACUCCUCAGAUAGUGCAGUUGGUGAUGCACUAGAUGAGUUAGAAGAGCUAAAAAUGACAACAAAGAAAAGAGGGCGAAAGAAAAAAGAUAUUCAAUUAGGAGAGAAAAUGCCCCUUAUUACAGAAGUAAUUAGCCAGAGUCCUAAGAAAAUGUCAAGUUUUACUACAGUUGAAGAUAAAAAAGAACCUUGGAGGUUUUCUCCUAAUACAGUUGAGGAUUUGUGUGAUGAUACUGAAAAGCAACCAUCUGUAAAUAAUGAAAUCAAACCUACACCGCCUCCACAGUCUUCAAAUACUUGGGGUUCCAGUAAGGAGUUUGAAAACUUCCUUGCAAAGAAAACACAGGGCACUAAUUUGAAAAUCAAAAAAGUGUCGAGAAUAUCAAGCUCAUCACCAAGUGUAGUAGCAGUAGUACCUAUAGAAAUCCCAGUCUUAGAAGCAAAUGAAGUUAAAAAGAAAGUAGAAGCAUCGGCUCAAACCAAUAAAGUUCAUACUGAAACUACAAGUACUCAGACUAGUGGGCCCUGCACACUUUCAAUGAAGACCAAUGUUCCUUUAAAUAGUGAACAGUCAGAAAAUGCAUGCAAAUUUCUUACUAGCAUUGUGAAAACUACUUCAGAAUUAGGAACCUUGAUGACUGAAAAGUCUGAUGACUUUAUUCAAAAGAAAAUAAACACAACUAAUGUGGUAGACACUUUUAAGAUAGAUUAUUGUGUCAAGAAAUCAUUUUUACUACUGAAACUUGCCAAACAUAAUAUUAUGCAAAUGGAAGAGGACUUAUCCAAUCAAUAUGAAAAGUUUCUACAAGAAAAUGACCUAUCAUCAUACAGGGAACAAGAAAAGAAAAUAGAGCCUACACCCAAAAAGGAAAAAGAAGACAGUGAUAGUGACUGUGAAAUAGUUGGGGAAACACCACCUCAAAAGGUGGAAGUGAAAAAAGAAAGCAAACCCAAAUUCAACCCAAAAACAGUAUUUUUAAAUAAAGAACUUUCUAUCAAAAUUGCUAAAAAGCCAAGUGAAGAAGUCAAGAGCAAUAAAAAUAUUAACAUCAAAGGCAGACACACUGUGUGGAUCAGUGAUUCGGUGAUGGUAAAGAAAGUAAAAGGCCCGCAGUCUUUUUUAGCCCAGGACAGCCGAAAUAAAAAACCACCCGAUAAUAAAAUUACAGAAAAAAUGGUAAGUGAUUUUUUUGAGGAUUAUUAUCGCCAGAAAGCAUUAUUUGCGUGUGCUCCAUUUGUAUCCAUGGAAUGGUCUACCUGGCGAUAUAACAGACACAUCUGCCAAUAUUUUACUGUUGAACCUGAUAAUCUUACAAAUGGUAAUAUUUCUAGAACUGAGGAGAUUUUCACGGACAAUGAAAGUAACCCAAGUGUGAGUGAAAGUGGCAAUGAACUUAGUGAGAAAAUAAAAUGUGAAGUUAGCAAAUUGAGCAACCCGACAACACUUUUAUCAAUUUGUUUGAAGAAUCUUCAUGAACUCUUUUAUCAGACGGAAACUAGUGAUGUAAACAAUACUUUUUCCAUUCCCGAAUGCACAAAUGAUAAUAGUGCAGCUCUAUUUUAUCAGCCCAAAACACUGUUUUCUUCAUGCUGUGAGCACCUGAAAAAAAAUCAGCAGAUUUUGAGGGCACAACAGAAGUUGUUAGUAAAUUUUCCCGAGAUUGUAACUCAAAAUCAAUUUGAAAAUUCAGAUGAAGAUGAAGACAAUCAAGAAGAGAACAUUUGUUUACUAAAUGCUUCAAAAACACCCAAAACACUGUUUUCUUCAUGCUGUGAGCACCUGAAAAAAAAUCAGCAGAUUUUGAGGGCACAACAGAAGUUGUUAGUAAAUUCUCCCGAGAUUGUAACUCAAAAUCAAUUUGAAAAUUCAGAUGAAGAUGAAGACAAUCAAGAAGAGAACAUUUGUUUACUAAAUGCUUCAGAAAUCCUAACCCAAAAUAUACCCUCUUUGAAAGCAUUGUGUUAUUCAAAAAUAAUCAGACUUGACUUUGCAAAUAGCAUAAAAAGUGAUAAUAAGACUGUAAUGUCUAAUAGUGAAAUUGAUGAAACUGAAUAUUGUGAAAGUGACUUCUCAUGUGAUGAUUGCAGCCAAGAAGUCAAGUCACUGUUGACUUUGUGUGUUCACGUAAUCCAACAAGGCCAAAAAGUUCUUCAACCUAAUAAUCCAAGUGAUUCUUGCGUUAAAGACACUUUCUCAGUUAGAUCUCCAAAUUCUUUGAAGCAUAUUGCUUUUAAAUGUAUAACAAGUUUACUAAAUGUAUGUCACAUAAGUGACACUGCUAAGUCACAAAAUGAAAUUGUAUGUAAUUUAACUCCCGAUAAAGUAAAAAAGCUGGCUGAUAUAUGCUUUGACAUUGUAUCAAAGUUGUAUGAAGCUGACGACUGUCAAGUAACUGAAAGUUCUGUAGCCCCACCUAUAGCACUAACUAUAAAUGCCAUUAAUACACUCUCAGAAGAAGCAUUCCUUAAUAUUGAGGAAAAUACAAAUGAUCAAGAUAAUUCAGAUUAUUAUGAAGAUGAUGGUGGCAAUUUUUAUGAGGAUGAACCCAUGGAACCCAAUUAUAAUGAAGAUGAAGAUAAUGAAGAUCGUAGGGAAAAUGAAAGUUGGAUCUCUAAAGUACAGUUAAAAGAACUUUUGUCUUGUGCUGUAACUGACAAACAAAAAAAUGGGUCAAAACCCAUUCCUGAAAAUGAUAAUAUUCAGGUAGCAACUGAGAAUUAUCCUCUUAUUGCUAAUAUCAAAACUGAACCGGGUUUAGAGGAGACACCUGCUAUUGCUGAGAACUUUGUUCCGAUUAUUAAAACUGAACCAGAUAAUUAUGUUGAUCAAAUGACUAUCAUACCAGAAAGUGUUGUUACAAAAACUGAAUCUUUUGAUAAUGUUGAUCCAUUACCUGUUGGUAGAGAACCAAUUCAAAGACAAAAUAGCGCAAGUUUUGAUGAACAAAAUUUUGAAAAUUUUGUGAAGUGUAAUAAAAUGAUACAUGCUAUUAGCACUUAUGAAAAUGAGGAUGACGAAACAUUUAGUCAAAGUGCUUUGCGAGUCCGCAGACAGCAUGAACCUGAUUCUGAUAACGAAAAUGACACAAGUAUGAGUUUACUAGUACCACAUACAUUUGAGCCUCUCACUAUUGAAUCAGCUAAAGGAAGCCUUCUGGAAAACAGCGAGAGUGACAGUGAAAAUGUUGGUAAAAAGAACAACAAACGAAAACCUGGUAGACGUAAGACAAAAAAGCCUGAGCCUCCGAAACAAACCAAAGAGGUACCCGCAAAAGAAAAUAAAGAAGUUCCUUCAAAAGAAAACAAAGAAGUCCAGUCAAAAGAAAAUAAAGAGGUACAGUCGAAAGACAAACCUAUUCCUGUUAAUGAGCUAGCUAUACUUACCAGACGAAUGCGAGAACGAAUUAGACAAGAAGAGAAAAAGGGCGAGUCAUCCGACUCGGAUUCCGAAAAUGUGGCACAAACUUCAAAGCACGAAAAAGAAACAAAAAAAGAAACGAGACGUUCCCGAUUGGCUGCUAAAAGUAACAAGCCUGUGGAUGAUGAGAUACAGUGUAAUAAUGUAGAUUCAACAGAACAAACAACGGAUACUACUGCCAAUAAAUCCAAGGAUGAAACUGGAACAAAUUCCAAUGAAGAUAAUAAGUUCACUGGAUUUAGUGUGGUUGAUCAAAAUGAAAUUUCUACAUAUCACAAAUACGUUAAAUAUGUCUAUGACCAGAUUUUACCAAAAGUAAAUGAAGAGGCUGAAUUGAAAACUACAGAAGAAAAAUCAAAUAAAGAUGAAAAGACAAAGAAUGAUGAAAAAGAGACAGAUGACAUAAUAAAUUCACAGGAACCAAUAGAACUUUUAGAAUGCACACCUACAAUGCCAAUAUUUGAAGAGGAUGAGGCUAAACCCAAUCGAAAACCUACCACAAAAUCACCAGGCAAAAAGAAAGAAGCUAAACAUGCUAAAGAAGAAUCAGUAGGCAAAGACAAACAGGAUGCUAAACAUGAUAAUAAUGCAAAAAAAGAACUAUUUGGCAAAGAAACGGAGAAAAGCGAAUUAUUCACUGAACGCAAUGGAUGGAAGUGCUAUCCGAUUCUCAGUACUGAUACAAAACUUUAUGAACAAGUUCCCAUCAUUCCCUUGGAAAAAUUACCAGAAUCUUUUGUUCAGACAUAUUUUGAAUAUCAAGAGAUAGCGGUAAAAAGCAAAGACGAUGAAGAAAUUGACAGAUUGAUAAACCUUCAGUCUUUGAAUAGGUUAUCUUUAUCGAGUGUUAAGAAACCUAGAGUUCGCAAAGAAAAAGUGGCAGGUGAAGAGCAGGAAAAGUAUUCUCAAGAUGAUAAUGAACGACCGGAAAGUCCUGCAGACGCAGACGCAGGCCAUUACAAUGAAUUGUUACCUUCUGAAGAUGAAGGUGAUAACUACGAGGACGAUUUUACAACACCAGGUCCAGAUGCUACGGAAAACAAUAUGGCGAAAAAUUUGCUCAUGGAUGAUGAUGAUGAUGAGGACGACACACCACUAUCUAACAGAAAAGUCAAGAAAGAAGUUGAUGGUGAUGCCACUUAUAAAAAGAAGAGGCCUGGGCCGAAAUCUAAAACAGUUAAUAUAAAACAGGAACAUACAGACACGUUAAUGCUUACUGCAGACAAGAUGAUGAACAAAGAAUUGACACUUUUACAUGCGCCAGUAGUUUUAGAUGACGAUAAUGCGAAAACACCUAUUAAAGGUCCCGUUACAAGGAACAAACCGAGAAGUGGUACAAAGAGUGGUGGUAAGGGAGAUCGAAUAAAGUCCGAUGAUUCCUCAUCAGAGGAAGAAAAACAAUGGGUUAAUACUAAAGAAAAACUUCUAAAAAGAAUGGGGAAAAAACAAGAGACUGCAAUGGAAGACGACGCUAAGCGGGCUAAACUCGUGAGCGAGUUCAUAGAGCGACGGAACACAAGCGAUAAACCUUUGAUAUUGAACCAUAAAACUCGCGGUCCAUCCAGACGUUCUAGAAAGAAGAUGUUGGAAAGGCAAAAACAGAUGAGAGUGCUGUCGUACGAGCUACUCGGAGAGGCGGGACACGCAUCAAAAGGGAACUCCGCAGCAUAUUUCAAGGGACGGCGUAAUAUUAGAAAGGUCAUUGAUAAGAAAUCCUUGGCCCGGAGUACUGUGAUAGCUAAUAUGGAGGAAUUCGAGAGAAAGCGAAGACUGAGCAUGAAACAGAAACAACUGGAAGAAAUAUUAGGGUGCGAAGAGGGCGUAAAUGUCAUAGUGACUAAUGACGAGGUCUGCUUGGAGUACGACUUCAAUGUAGGCCAGCCUGCGGUCACUGUGCAUCCGUUCUUUACCAAAGUUAUGAAAGCGCAUCAGUACGAAGGUGUCAAAUUCAUGUGGGAUGCUUGCUUUGAAAGCCUAGAGCGCGUCCAGUCAGGACAUCCAGGCGGCGGCUGCAUACUGGCUCACUGCAUGGGACUCGGGAAGACCUUACAAGUCCUAGCCCUGUUACACACAGUAUUAACGCAUCCAGGCGUGGGCAUGCGACGCGUGCUCGUCUGUUGCCCGCUGUCGACGGUGCUGAACUGGGUCGACGAGAUACACAAGUGGAUCGGACCCGUCACGGACGAAAUAAAGGUUUUCGAACUAUCAAAGCUAAAGAAAACCUACGAGCGAGCGUACCAAUUAGAGGACUGGUACAGCGGAGGCGGCAUUUUCAUCAUCGGCUACGAACUGUUCCGGAGUCUGACAACCCUGGACGCUGAACUUGACGACAUCAGACAAACUAUCAUAGACAAGAUACGCACAGCCCUACUCGACCCCGGCCCCGACAUAAUAGUGUGCGACGAAGGGCACUUGUUGAAGAACGAUUGCUCGGUACUAGCGGUGGCUAUGAGCAGGGUUGCCACUCGUAGAAGGAUUGUGCUGACGGGAACGCCGAUGCAGAAUAAUUUGAGAGAGUAUUAUUGCAUGGUGAACUUUGUUAAGCCGAAUCUGCUUGGGACGUACUCGGAGUAUUCUAACAGAUUUGAAAACCCCAUAAUGAACGGCCAGCACCGAGAUUCCGUAGUCGAAGACAUAAAGCUAAUGAAGGCCCGUACUCACAUCCUUCACAAAGUCUUAGAAGGCUGCCUCCAAAGGCAGGAGGCCUCCGUACUAUACCCUUACCUACCAAAGAAACACGAAUACACGGUGUUCAUAUCUCUGACGAAAUGCCAGUGUGACCUGUACAAGCAUUACCUCAAUGCGUGUGCGAACAAGAAUAAACAGAGUAUAUUGAAGGACUUCCAUACGUUGCAGAAGAUAUGGUCGCAUCCUCAGGUGCUGCACAAUUUCAAUAUGAAAGCAAGGGACGAGAAAAUGAAAAUUAAAGCCGAGAAGUUGGAAGACGACCUCGCGCGCGAGGACCUGACCGCCAGCGAGGACAUGAAGCCAUCCAGCACCGACGUGUGGUGGCUCCAGUACCUCGAGGGCGGAGACAUGUUGGAGCGGCUCGAGAGCUCCAACAAGUUCAUCACCGUCUUCAGGAUCCUGGAGGAGGCCGUUGCCUUGGACGACAAAGUUUUAAUAUUCUCGACGUCGCUGAUCACCAUGGACUCGCUGGAGUACUUCCUGAAGAAGAUCAACAAGUGGAGCCUCGGGCAGGAGUACUACCGGCUCGACGGCUCCGUGCCGCCCGAGGUGCGCCAGAAGUGGUGCCGCGAGUUCAACGCCGACCACAACUACAAGACCAAAUUGUUCCUAAUCUCGACCCGCGCCGGUUCCCUCGGUCUGAACAUGACGGCCGCCAACCGCGUCAUCAUAUUGGACACCUCUUGGAACCCAGCCCACGACAUACAGAGCAUCUUCCGAGUGUACCGCUUCGGGCAGAAGAAGGACUGCUACAUUUACCGGCUGGUGGCGUUGGGCACUAUGGAGCAGAAGAUCUACGAGCGAGCCGUGACGAAACAGGCGGUGUCGUGUCGCGUCGUGGACGAGCAACAGAUCGACCGACACUACAACAUGGCCGAGCUCACUGAGCUAUACAGGUUCGACGAGACGGGCACCAGCGUGGCGGGCGGCGUGGCGGUGGGCGUGCAGGACGUGGUCUUGCUGCGCGUGGCGCGCGACGCGGCGCUGCACGCCGUGCACGAGCACGACUCGCUGCUGCGCGGCUCCGAGGCCGCGCUCUCCGAGCACGAGCGCGCCGCCGCCUGGCACCAGUUCCAGCAGGAGACGCAGCACAACCAGAUGCCGCAGGAUAAAGUACCCAAAAAAGAGAAAAAAGGAACUAAACGAAACUUACCCCUGGUUCCGGUUCCGGAUGUUAAGCCGACGACGCUGCCCGAGGUCAAACCGGAACCACACCCACAAAUCGACGCGGACUACACGCCUACUGAGCCUAAAUCGAAGCGAGGGCGGAAGAAGAUCAUCAACUGUCGCAUUCCGAUACAAACCGCGUCUCAGCCGUCCACCAGCAGCCAGCCAGACUACUACGUGGACAGGAGGCAGGAAACCGACAUCGUGGCGCAGAUCUCACAGAUUCUAGUCAGUCACGAUUUCAACAACAGGAGAACGUCGCGGGAUCUGUCCAAACUUAUAUCGACCGUCCAGCAGGUCGUCGCGAGCGGGGAUCUGAGCAAACUACCGCCCGGGGACGACGCGGCCGCGGCCAUCGCGCAAAUACUGCUGCGGAAGAGCUCUCCCGUCGCUCCGCCUAUGCCGGCCCUCACCGACAUACGGACCCCUCCGGCCCUCAUCGACAUAAGGACCCCUCCGGCCCUCAUCGACAUACGGACCCCUCCGGCCCUCACCGACAUACGGACCCCUCCGGCCCUCACCGAUAUACAACAAACGAUACCUAGCAAUCCACCACACGAACAAGAAGACGCGGAAACCAUCACCGGCGAUCUGACCUCCAAACCGGACAACGUAAAAAGAAAAAGGCGAGCGGCCGUGUCCGCGCAGAAGAAGUUCGACGCCAUAGCGGACGACGUCGUUAUAGAUUUGAACGACGACGACUGGCGCAACGACGACGAAUUCAUCGUCGCGCCGACUCGAAACCCGGAGCCCGAGAAGACGGAAAGAAAAGAAAAUAAAUACAAACCGGGUCCGAAGAGCAAAAAGAAGCCGGCCGAAACUACACCGGUCAAAAAGGAGAUGCCUCAGCAGCCAGCACAGACCAUUCAACAAUCAAUAAAUGUAGAAGACAGUAUUCUGCUGAGCGACGAUGAAAUCGUGCCUGAAGUUCGGCCCGUGGCAGUCAAACAGGAACCUGCAGCAAAGAAAGGCGAUGAGGAGAAGUACCCGCUCCACCCGUCGCUGCUCACGAACCAGAACUUCAUAAAGAUAGUGGCGCACACGUACUUGGGCGGGAACCCGAUGCUGGACGAGGACGCGGCCACGCUGGCGGCGCGGUACAGCACCAGCAAGGCGCUGCGCGAGGCCGAGGCCACCGGGAAGCCCAUCGACACCGGGCCCAUCUACGACAUCGCUGUGAAGGUCCUAGGCAUCGACAUCCUCAAAAAGCUCCACACCAACGGCCCCACCGCCGACGCCAACACCAACAAGCAGAACCAGAAAGCGCUCUCAGACACCGAGACACUGCUCAGCAACGCCACGGCCGCGCCCGAGCCCAAGCGACGCCUAAUCAAGCCGAAGGUCACCUCGGAGCUGAUGCCUAAGGAGAGGAAGCCGGUGAUAGCUAACUUGGGGCGCGUGAAGUUGACGCCCGUCACGCCGGUCAUCGCGGCGCCCGUCGUCGUGCCCGUGGGGCUAAUAAAAAACACCAACAACGGCGCCGGGGUGGAGGAGUGCAUCCUGCCCGACGACGACGACGUGCACGUGGUGGCCGACCCCCCUCCCCCUCCCCCCGCCCCCGCCGCGCCGCGCCGGCCCCGCGCCGCCCCCGUGCUGCUCAAUAACAUCGGCGACCCGGGCCCGAGGCUCAUGCAGGACGAGCGCCUGCUCACGCACAUCAGAGUGCCCAUCGCGCCGGCGCCCGCCCCGACCGUCAUCAAGGUCGCCGCCCCGCCCGCCCCGCCGCCGCCGGGCGGCACCAUCUGCCUCGACAGCGACGACGAGGACGCCGCGCCCGCGCCCGUGCCCGUCACGCUCACGGCCGCCACGGGCGCGCGCCUCGAGCUGCAGAUGCCGCGCGAGACCCCGCUGCGGCCGGCGCCCGGGGCGGACGCCCCCGCCCCCGCCGCCCCGCCCGCGCCGCGCCGCGCGCCCCGGCUCGCCCCGAAGCCCGCGCCCGGCACCGUCUGCCGGCCGGGCGACAUCAUCCGCAUCGGCAAGACCGGGGUGGUCGAGGUGCUGAGCAAGGUGGACUCCGUGCCCGUCUCGGUCGGCCGGCCCGCCCGCCCCGCCCCCGGUAAACCCGCCGGCGACCCGGCCGCGCCCGCCGCGGGACCCAAAUCUACGAAGAUCGGUCCUAAUUCGGCAUCGCAUAAGGCCGCUCCCGCACCGACGGAUCCGAAACCGACGGACCGAGUCCCGCCUAAACCGGCGGCGAAACCGGCUCCCAAGCCGGCCGAGAGGGUCGCCCCGAAACCGCCGGAGAGGCCCGUCCGCCUGGACAGCGGCAGCAGCUCCAGCUCGCGCUCCGCCAGCCCCGUCGACGCGGACCCGCUGUCCAUCCUCAGGGACGUGGUGCAGAUCCCGGCCGACCGCUACCAGAGCAUCCUCGGCGGCCCGGCCCCCGCCGCCCCCUCCCCACCCGCCCCCAAAGCGACCCCCCCCGCCCCGCCUUCCAAAGUAAACGCGGCUAAGAAACCUCCCGAGAAACAACCCACUAUACUCCAGAAAUUAAGUGCGCUAAAAGAACUAAAGGCGAAGGAGAUACAGAAAAAACCGGCCGAGAAACCGAAAAAGACCGUAACCACAACUAAGAGCUCCAGCGCAGUGUUCGACUCCGUCGAUUUAACGGACGUCGUGGCCGCGCCUGCGUCGCAGAGCAAACCCGAUAAAGUCGGUAGCAAGUCGGUGACGAUAAAACCGAGCAAGAAGAUUGAAACAGUGGUCGGGACGUCCAAGAACAUCAUAUUGACUACUAAGAACAAGAUUACCGUGGGACAAGCGCCGUCUAGCUCCAGCAAGAGCUCGGUGCGCGUGACCAACAUGGAGACGCUGGCCCCGGCCCCGGCCCCGCCGAAGGGCCGCAUCGACAAGAAGCGGCCCGCCAUCAAACAGGAGCCAGGGGCGCCCAAGAGGAAGAAGACUGAACCCAUGACACUCAAGGAUUUCGACAUCGAUGACAUUGACGACAUCAUCGAGUUGGAAUAGACACUG